AUGACACAUCAGAAGCUAAACCCAAAGAAGCUGUGUACCCUCUUCCACUAUUACGCCUGCACGGAAGAUGUGAACAGAAGAUCAUCUCUAGAGCUGUUGCAGUAUUAUCCUAAGGAACCAGUUAUAUUCGACGUGAAAUCAAACUCGAAGAUAUCUCUAACGAAUUUGAGAACUGUGUCGUCGUCUCCUGUAGUUCCACAAGUAUCCUCGGUCAGAAAAAUAGGAAAAGAUGCUAAUAGAAGUUUGGUGUUCAGUGUGAAGCACUCGUGCACGUUUGUGAAGACGGAUCAGGAGCUUCCUGUGGUGGAUAUCACGUGGAACUAUAAUUCGUAUAGGUACAAAACCUUCGAGUCGUGCCUAAAGAACCUCUACGGCGACAAGUACCCACCCGGCGACGUGGUGUUGAACUCCAUGCAGCUGAAUCUGUUCGACUCGCAGUCAAACGAGUCCGUGAACCUGUUCGACUUCCUGCAGGACAGCCAGACAUCGUUGACCGGCGCCGACAUCACCGGCGUGUCGAGGAAGUUGGAAAUUGAGUAUCUUAAUCCGUUGGAUCACUUUGUGAACAAACUGACCGAUAGACCCACCACAGAGGAGAGAUCCACGGAGACGCUGCACGAGGUUGCGGAUCAACGACGGUCAUCUGACAAUGCCUGCGAGGACCCUAUCAGAACCAUAAUCACCGCGCAAAGAAUACCGAAGGAAAAGAAUACCAAUCGGAGAUCUAGUAGAAAGAUCGAGCCUUGCAAAUGCAAUUUGUCUUCCCACAAACGCGUUUACGAUGAUGGAAAGCAGCCUUUGGAGAAGUGGAAGAGUGCUGUGGAAGAGGAUUGUUCGUGGAUGAAGAUUAGGUGA